AUGCUGACGAAAUCAAUUGUCGAGACUCUUCCAAAGUGUAUUGCCUUUAUAGAGUAUCAUGAUACUCCUAAAGUGCUUAAGAUGGCUUUUGGAUCAGAAUCCCCUUUGAAAGGUGUGAAGGUAGGCGUCGUGAACCGCCUUGGUCUCAGAGUUGAUCAUUCACGAACUUCUCAACGUCCUACACUCGCAGCGCUUGCGGUACUUGUCGAGGGCGUCUGUGGCGUUGGAGUCGUUAGUCAACCUCCUCAUGGGCUAAAGAGUGUUGUUCUCCUUGGCUGCCCUGCCGGUGCAGCGUAUUAG